GUGGAACUUGGAUAGGCCACUCAUGUAAGCAUUAUAAGCUCACAACAACACCUACAGACGGCAUUUACAGGUGUGCACAGAUACAUGUCUUCCUCGCCGGGCAGCAUCGGGCUGCUUCCUCGGGGCUGGUCGCCUCACGGCCCGACUAAAACAGCCUGGACGACCCGGUGCGACCAUUUGGGACCACGGGGUGACUUAACCAGACGGACCCUUAGCAGACGCCGCAAAUCUAAACACAAGACUAGCCGGCCACCAUCGGCGGCAAAAGACAUCGGCAAUGUACCGCCGGUGUCAGAGUGUAAGGUUUCGAUGCCAAGCAGGCAAGCCGAGAGAUCGUUCAUGUGGGGAGACUUGGCAGUUCUAGAGGAGCACCGGGAAGACCAAACAAUUGGAACACCAGCUGUCAGCAGUGACAGUGAAGUCGAAAACAUUCCAAAAGAAGAAAUCACCAGAGACCCCACACCACCUCCGGAUGUCACAGAUGAUCAGUCUAUUCAAAGGAGCGUUGCCGUUGAAGAGAUGGUUGACGAGUUCCAUUCCGAAGAAACCAAGGAGACAGUAUCAGUGGAGUCAAAAGUGGAAAAGGCCCCACUGAAAAGGCAGCCAAGCUGUGACUCCCUAUUCGGCGGGAAGCAGGUGAAGCCCGGCGCCGUGUGGACGCCGUACGGCCCGCCGCUGUACGGGUACGGCUCCUCCCUGAACCCGCCGACCAGGAAGCGGCCGGACACGCUGCUCAUCCUCGCCGCCAUCUUCUACUGCCUGGCCGUCCUGACAGCGGUGGUGUUCGCUGUCCUCUUCAAGACCAACGUCAUACCAGUUUACAAGACUCCUGAGCCGGUGCCUGCGUGGAUGCAGCAGUUUUCCCCGGAGAUGCAGAGGUGGUACCAGUUGGCGCUGCAGGCUGCCGCCGGAGGGGACACAUCAGCGAUACUACCACCUGGAUACGUGCAGGAGCCAACAGUGCCGCCGCUUGUGGAGGAGUUUUGCGACAACACGCCACUUCCUGACUUGCAUAACGGCCGUUUCAACUGCACCAGCAUUGCCUACUACAACAUCCAUGUGAGCAUGUGCAUCGCCAAGUGUGACGUGGGCUACCAGACCGAUGACGCGGGCCUGCUGUUCUGCAACCGUGGCCGAUGGGCGCCGAUCGCGCCCGAAGUCGUGUCGACACUCGUCGGCGUCGGUCGGGCUGCCGACACGAUGCCGAACACGGACCCUGGGUGGUUCGAGUACCUCGGCAUCUCCGACAAAAUCUACGCGGACGCGGCGCAUGGCAUUUUGGUUAAACUAAACGCCCCCCACCUUCCUAUCGUGGAGACAUAUUUAGAUAUAAUUUCGGAGAAUAACAUUAUCGACUUCGACAUGAUGCGGCAGUUGUUGGAAUGGAUCGGCCCUAUUCUUGAAGACAUCGUGGCCCACUUGGACUUCCUGCAGGUUCUGUCUCGCCUAGAGACGUUUGGAGCGACCAAGCAUCCAGAAUGCAGACUUGUGGACUGUGAAACAGAGUCUGGGAAUUUAGCUCAUGGCAAACUCAGCAGCAACUCAACGACAUACAUGUCAGAAGCCCGAGUGGUCUGUGAGCGAGGCUACCUUCCCCGGCACCCUGUACUGACGUGUAACGCUACAGGACACUGGGACAAACCCGCACAGUGUGACCCUGUAACCUGCAGCCCACCUGAGGACCCCCCGCACGGCUCGUACCUGUGUCAGGGUCACGUGUUCUCGGACCGUUGUGAUGUCACCUGCGACGCAGGGUACGUACCGGAAACGGACUACGCCCUUGGCUGCAGUUGGACCGGAAACUGGACCACCUUCCGCAGAUGGAACACGACAGAGAUGGAAAAUGCUGUGUUUGCAGACGUUGUCAUCCCACAGACGCUGGCCUGUGUCGUCGCUGACUGUGCAAACAUUUCGAUCCCGGCACACGGUGACGUCACCUGUACAGGUACGACGUACGGCGAGACGUGUCAUCUCACCUGUCAGGACGGCUACGAACGACUGGGACAAGACAACUUCACCUGCCAGGUGUACCGAGUCUCAGCCCAGGCCACCUGGAGUGGGGAGCCAACGUGUACCCCAGUGAGUUGCGGCUCCCCUCCUGAGUUCCCAAACACCGCCCUACAGUGCGCCAGCGGACACACCUACGGGAACACCUGCGGAGUCACCUGUGCGGACGGGUACGAAGGAACGGACCACCGGAGCGUAGCUUGUCAUAGCAGCGGCAACUGGAGCCUGCAGGAGGGAGCGCUCCAGCCAGUUGUUGGGGGACCAGAACUGUUCUGUCAGAAGAAAGACUGCGGCAACCUUACAAGCCCUGCCAACGGCAGCCUGACGUGCAGCGGUACCAGGUACCAGGACUCCUGCCGCCUGACAUGUGAGUCCGGCUACAAAGUCGGCAAUGAGCAGGACCUUCAUCUCCACAGUCUACACAGCUUCAGGUGCACGGCAAGUGGACAAUGGAAUGACAAGCCAAGAUGCGUCCCAUCCGACUACUGCCGGCUCGGCCUGCACGACUGCCACCCUGAGCACGGGAUCUGCGACCUGACGGGCCACCAGACCUUCAGCUGCCGCUGCCGGGUCGGGACGGUCGGGGACGGGAGACGCUGUGAACGGACCCCCUGUCCGCCUUUCCCGGUCGCUGAACCGGAAAACGGGUACUUCGGGUGUUCUAUCCCGGCAUCCCCUGCGGCUGACUUCUGCCAAUCACCUGACAGCACGGCGGAGGAGUACGAGGUCGUCUGUCUGCUCCACUGUAACCCUGGGUACGACAGGCUCAUCUAUGCCGAGUACUCCUGUGGACAGGACGGCAACUGGACCAUUCCUUUCGACACAAACACUACUGGGAUCAUACCGUGUUUAGCCGUCAAAUGCUUGGACCUUUCAAGUCCUCUACACGGUAAUAUGACCUGCGACAGCGGCUACUAUUUCCGGUAUCCUGAAGUCUGCAACUUCGCCUGCGACCGAGGCUACGAGCUCACGACUCCCACAAGCAGCAGUGAGAGACGCUGUCAGACUGAUGCAACCUGGUCUGGAAACAACGCAGAGUGUAUCGGUGUGAAAUGCCCGGAUCUGUCUGCUCCACCAAACGGAAGAAUGGCCUGCAAUACCAGCUCCCUUCGCUACCCGGACUCGACCUGCACCUUUACCUGUAACUAUGGCUAUGAACUGGAUACCCCAAUGGUGCCGGUAAGGCACUGUCAGGCAGACGCAACCUGGUCUGGCGAUGAUGCCAGGUGUAUUGGCGUACGGUGUCCGACCCUGUCCAGACCGACUAACGGAAGGAUGACGUGUAAUCGCGGCUCCACCUUCCGCCAUCCGGAAACCUGCACCUUCAGCUGUAACCAUGGUUACCAGCUGUACACAGGCAGCAGCAGCAGAACCUGCCAGGCUAAUGGCAGGUGGACUGGGAGUAACCCAUUCUGUAGAGCCUGUAACGGAGGGGCUGACAUCAUCUUUUCAAUCGACGUUUCCGGGAGUGUUUCUGGGCACUUUGGGACAGUCAAGGACUUUAUCAGUGGUGUAGUACGUUCCCUCAACAUCGGGGGAAGUUACGCGCGAGUUGGUCUCAUCAAGUUUGAAGGUAGCUCUGCAAGUAGGGCGAUUUCCCUCGCGGACUACAGCAAUAAGGCCGAUUUGUUGUCAAGGAUCGAAAGCGUGGACAUGUCGUUCAGUAGCGGAGUUCCCUCUGUCGCGGGCUUGUCUGUUAUGCGUAACGAAUUCUUCACUUCCGGACAGCCGGCAGCGAGAAAGUACGGGAUCGUCCUAACAGACGGCCAAGACAGUUCGAGUAGCGAUGUCAUACCGGACUCGAUGGCACUGAGAAAUGACGGCACCACACUCUUCUGUGUAGGCGUUGCAGAAUGGCAAGACGGCAUGGGAACAUUAAAUAACAUGGCUAGCAGACCUGUUAACCAUCACGUGUUCACGGCCAAGUUUGAAAAUCUGCAAACCAUCGUAGACGAACUCCGUCAUAGGAUUUCAUGUUGA